AUGAGUGAGGAUGUGAGCUGGGGUCCUGUAAAGCAGCUUUCAGAAAGCAAGAGCUGGAUUUCUGAAGAUGACUUCUACCAACCUCCCCAGGAGUGUGCGUCUGAGAGUGCUUCAGACCUCUCCACACUUCCUUCACUAGAGACUCUGGAAUCGAGGCGCACUCUCCACAGGCAUUUUUCUCAAGGACGUGCAGCCCCAGCAGUGCAGGAGCAUAAGAACUUCUGUGUGGUGCACAGGAGGCAGAUGGGCCUAUCUAACCCAUUCCAGGGCCUCUUGAAGCUGGGCACAGUGUCCUGGAGGGGGGCCAUGGGCAUCUGGAAGGAGCUGUUUUGUGAGCUGUCCCCUCUGGACCUCCGCCUCUACCUGAGCGAUGAGGAGCGUACAUGUGUGGAAAGCUGCUCCCUGUUAUGAUAUGAGGCUGCUGGGCCAGCUCACAGUGACGGGCGCUUUGAGCUGGUCUUCUCUGGCAAGAAGCUGGCCCUGCAUGCUUCUUCCCAGGAUGAGGCCGAGGACUGGCUUGACCGAGUGCAGGAGGUCCUGCAGAAGGCCUGGCCUCAACAGGAGGAUGAGUGGGUGAACAUCCAAUACCCGGACCAGCCUGAGGAUGCCCCAGAGGCUCCACCAAACAGCCUCUUCUCUUAUGCAGCCCUGGUCCCAGAACCUGCUGACCCCCAGGGCAUGCAGUUAAAUUGGACAUCUGCCCAGGUUCCAGAGCCAGAUGCUAUCAAAGAGUCUCUUUUGUACCUAUAUGCAGAUCAGACCUGGGUCCCCUAUAUUUUUUCCCUGUCCUUGGAGAAUUUGAAACGUUUUUGUGUAAGAAACAAUGAGAAAAUGCUAAGCGAUAGCCAUGGAGUGGAGACCAUCGGAGACAUCCUGCCAGAUGCAAGCCUUGGGGGCCCAGCCCUCUUCAAAAUCAUCACAGCCAAGGCUAUCCUGAAACUGCAGGCCAGGAACACUGAGGAAGCUGCCCUGUGGAGGGACCUGGUCCGCAAAGUCCUGGCGUCUUAGGUGGAGUCGGCUGAGGAGGCUCUAACACUUGGGGGAAGUCUGGAUGAAAAGUGUCAGGAGGUGCUGAAGUUUGCCACCAGGGAGAAUGGCUUCCUACUGCAGUACCUCGUGGCCAUCCCCACCGAGAAGGGCCUCAACUCCCAGGGCUGUUUCUGUGCAGGCUGCUCCCAGCAGAUUGGCUUCUCCUUUGUACUACCCAAGCUCUGUGUCUUCUCUGGCCUCUAUUACUGUGACUUUUGCCACCAAGACAAUACUUCAGUGAUUCCACCCAGGAUUAUCCACAACUGGGACCUCACCAAACGCCCGGUGUGCCGACAGGCCCUGAAGUUCCCGGCACAGAUUUGGGCCCAGCCUCUUAUCAACCUGCAGCUAGUGAGCGCCUCUUUGUAUGAGCAUGUGGAGCGCAUGCACCUCAUCAGCAGGAGCUGGGAACAGCUAAAGCUUCUGGGGGACUACCUGGGCCUGUGCCGUAGUGGUGCCCUGAAGGAGAUGAGCAAGAGGCUAAGCCACAGGAAUUAUCUCUUGGAGUCUCCCCACAAAUUCAGUGUCGCUGACCUCCAGCAGAUUGCAGAGGGAGUAUAUGAAGGCUUCCUCAAGGCCCUGAUUGAUUUUGCCUCCCAGCAUGUCUACCACUGUGACCUGUGCACCCAGCGAGGCUUCAUCUGCCAGAUCUGCCAUCAUCACGACAUCAUCUUCCCUUUUGAGUUUGACACCACAGUCAGGUGUGCCAAAUGCAAAAUUGUCUUCCACCAGAGCUGCCAGUGAGUGGUGAGGAAGGGGUGUCCCCGCUGUGCCUGUCGGCGCAAGUACCAGGAACAGAACAUUCUUAGCUAA